CAUGUGGUAGAAUGACUUGUGCCACCAACACAUCGCUCACACCUCUCCUCCAGUUGAGAUGACGUAUGUGGUCCCCUCAAAGUUCCAGCAGGAGGUUUGGGGGGCCGCUCAGAGCGGGGCUUCCAGAGCGGAUGGAGGAGUUGAGACACAUGAGGUCACAGAGUUAUUGCCUCUCCCCCCCUUCAAAAGAAACCACUCAGCUCCAUUUAUUUCAGAAUCGAGAGGAAGUUGACAAAGUGUCACAGCAGCACAGCACACAAUGUGGUGGCGAGUUUGUUGCUGGCUGGCCUGGUUCCCCUUACAAGAGGCCUUUCUGACAGGCAGCACAGAGACAGAGGUGGCAGUGGAGGAAGGCCACACACUCACCUUGGACUGUGAGGUGGCCCAGAACACAACCGCCUCUCUGCAGUGGCUGGCUCCCUCGGGAUUCACCAUCUUCCUCAAUGAGCAUCCCGCUCUGAGAAACUCUAGGUACCAGCUUCAGAACCACUCCUCCGGCCGGCUCUCCAUCAGCCUGCCCAACGUAACGCAGCAAGACGAGGGUGUGUACAAGUGUCUGCAUUACAGCGACCCCGUGAGGACCAAGCGAGUGAAAGUGAUUGUGCUCGCAACUCCUCUCCAGGCAAUCGUGGAAGCAUCAGAGACCGUAAUGGAAAACGGAGAAGAACUCGUUAUGCUCAAAUGCUCCACCACGAGAAGCAAGCCCCCUCCGCAGAUCAGCUGGCUCUUCCGGGAUGGCAUGGAGAUCCUGGGGGACAGCCACCAUGAGCUUGAUGGCGACGGACAGAGAUGGGACAGCAGCAGCACACUCCGAGUGCGUGUGUACAGCAGAGACUCGGCAGUGGGCUGCGUCGUCCGACACAGAGGCCUGCGGGGAAGAGAACUGGUAGAGCCUUUCCGGUUCGAGAAGCUGGUUGCUGAGCGAAACACAACGGCAGAAGGCCUGGAGAGAGACCGGCUACCUUCUCCAGCCCCUCAGCAGCCCACCAGCCCUGUGGCAGUAAUAGAAGAUUCUAACACAUUGGAGAUUGAGGAAGAAAAGGAAACACAAACCACUCAGUACUCAGAGCUGACCACUGUGAAUGAGGAUAUUGGGGGGCGGGGAGACUUGGAUAAAAGCAGAGGGAUCACCUCUCAUCACAGCAUACAUUUCUAUACAUCCCUACAUGUGGCUCAGAAAUCAGUAAUUUCCAUCUCUUUCCUACCAGAAAAUGAAAUUGCAGAGUACACUGUAGAAAGCUACAGAUCAAGAUCCAAUAAUGAAGAAACAUCGUCUCAAGAGAAAAAUGGCCCAACUUCCAGUUCUAAGAGCUGCAUAAACUGCGUCACGCAACUGUACGCAGAAGUGAGAGCCAAGAGGAAGGGGGAGUCCCAGGACUCACCGUCGUCGACAGCACAGCAGCCUCACGGCCCAGAGAGCAUCGUGUAGCAGCAGCAACGCAGGCCUGGGCCCGGGCCCGGGGAACCCCAUCUCCCCUCUGGAAGCAGAAUGGCAGGAACAGCAUCCCUGAAACAUGGAAGAAUGUCCUCUGAGUGCAGUGCCAGCAGGUGUCCUGCUCCUGGGCCAGAGCAGCCGAGGGAGGACCAGACCAUGGACGCAAAGCUUCGCAGUUUCGGGGGCAGAAAAUGGCGACAAAGGAGGAACUCUACGUUGUCUGACACUCCUUUGGGGCAGGAGUUGGCAACCAAGCCUUGGGGACCAGGGUUGGUGUGAGCAGCUGACGGCCUGCUGUGAAGGAAGCAGGACUUUCAAGAUAACUGGGCUCUGGUGGAAACGCCUUAGAGCACACUUUCAAAUCUUUUCCUGAGGGACCAGGUGGUGGCGCACCUGGUUGAAUGCACAUGUUACAAUGUUCAAGGACCCAGGUUCAAGUCCCCGGUCCCCACCUGCAGGGGGAAAACUUCACAAGUGGUGAAGCAGUGCCACAGGUAUCUCUCUGUCUCUCUUCCUCUCUAUUCCCCCACUCUUUCCUCUCAGUUUCUGUCUCUCUCUAAUAAAUAAAGAUAAUUUUUUUUAA